CUACACAGCCGCUCUGCCCACCGCCUGCUGGACCUCUGCUGUGCCAACCGGGGCACCUUCAUCAAGGUGGGGCAGCACCUGGGCGCCAUGGAGUACCUGCUGCCUCCGGAAUAUACCCGCACCCUCAGCGUUCUGCACAGCCAGGCUCCGCCCACUCCGCUGCCCGACGUCCUGCGCGUCAUCCGAGAGGAGCUGGGCAAAGAGGUGAAGCAAGUCUUCGCGCACUUCGAGGAGACGCCGCAGGGCGCGGCCUCAUUGGCUCAGGUGCACCGCGCGGUUCUGAAGGACGGCAGGACGGUGGCUGUGAAGGUUCAGCAUCCCAAGGUUCAGUCUCAGAGCUCCCGCGACAUCCGACUCAUGGAGGCGGCCAUGGUCUCCGGGUUUCCCUUCCUCAAGAUUCCCAGAAUCCAUUGGGAGCUGAGCACGCGGCGGCUGCUGGUCAUGGAGUACGUGGAAGGCGGGCAGGUCAAUGACAAGGAAUACAUGGAGCGGAACAAGAUCGACGUGGAUCAGGUGUCUCGGGCUCUGGGGAAGUUGUACAGUGAAAUGAUUUUCGUCCACGGCUUCGUGCACUGCGACCCCCACCCCGGGAAUAUUCUGGUCCGGCACAGUGCAGAGAUUGGGGGGCCGGAGAUCAUCCUGCUGGACCAUGGACUGUACCAGAAACUAAAUGACACCUUCCGCCUGGACUACUGCCGGCUGUGGCAGGCUCUGAUCUCUGUGGACAUGGAUGGGAUCCGCACAUACAGCCAGCGCAUGGGGGCCGGGGAGCUGUACCCCCUCUUCGCCUGCAUGCUGACUGCCCGCUCCUGGGGGGCCGUGAAUCGGGGGAUCGAUCGCGGGCCGGCCGGUAAGGAAGAGGCUCAGGAGAUCCGCAGCAAUGCCGCCUCGUACUUACCUCAGAUCAGUCAGCUUCUAUCCCGUGUCCCCCGUCAGAUGCUCCUCCUCCUGAAAACCAACGACCUCCUCCGAGGGAUCGAGACCUCCCUGAGCACCCCGGCCGGGUCCAGCUCCUUCCUCAGCAUGUCCCGGUGUUGUGUCCGAGCUCUUUCCAGGCAUCGGAAGGCCUUCUCCUCGUCUCUCUGGUCUCACGCUCACAUCUUCAUCUCGGAGUCGGCUUGUCUGGCCCACCUCCGGCUCUAUGAGCUCUUCCUCCAUGCUCAGUCCUCCUGGGUGGGGCGCCGGCUGACCCGCCUCCUACACUGGAUAUCACAAUACAUCUACUGAGAGGACAUGGAGGCACAACAGGCAGCGGCAAUGGUGGCGGGACUCGCGGGGGC